GUUUUUGCUGGUUGUCGGGAUCCAUCACUUCACUUGACUAUAGACAAACUAUGGAGGUCGCCACCGCAGCAACGGCAGUAGCACCGCCACCGGCGCCUGUGGCCGUCACGACGGAGGCCGCGCCCGCGCCCGCGUCCACAUCCGCGCGCUCGCCGCACAAGCAAAAGAAGCACAGGAGCAAGCACAGGAAGGACGGCAAUGGCGCGCAGCAGCAGCAGGGGACGCACAAGCCCAAGCGGCGCCGCAACAACCUCAAGCAGCCGCUGACCAAGGACAUGCCGCGCGUGCUGUCGGAGAUGCUGAAGGAGCCCAAGGUGGCGCUGCUGCACCGCGUGGUGAAGCACGUGGGGCCCAAGGUGUCGUGGCAGCUGCUGCGCGAGACGCUGCGGCUCGAGAAGGACGGCGGCCAGCAGGUGAACGCGCUGGCCAGCGGCAAGCCCGAGCUCUUCUUCGUGGUGGACGAGGUCUCGCACGAGUACAAGCCGAGACGCCGCACGUCCGGCGGCGUCUUCUUCACGCUGCUCAAGGAGAAGGUGUCGAAGGAAGUCUACCGCACCAUCUACGAGGUGGAGGACCGCAAGAAGAAGGACGCCAAGAAGAAGGCGCGCAACCGCCAGCGCCAGCGCAUGGAGAACACGCUGGCCAAGCUGGGCUUCGACGACUUGUCACUCGCGCCCGAGGGAGAUGACGCCGCGGCGGCGAGCAGCGAGGAGGCCAGCGCGCCGGUCGCACCCGUCCAAGCGGCGGCGCCCUGUGGUGCUCCUGCUGAUGCAGUUGAGGACGGCGAGGUGGCGGAGGACAUGCAGAUCAGCUGA